GGACAAGGUGGGGAACGAGGUCAUGGUUGAUAUCGAUACCCUCACCUUCUGUAAUCUAACUCGUUAUCGGAUCUCAUAUCAUAGUCCGGAGGUGGAUCCAGGAGUCUUUCCCGUUACGUUACCGUCCAUGCCUAUCGCCAUCAUGGAGGAGUCUACUGGGAAUCAACAAGACGUAUCGAUGGAAUGGAUGAGCAGUCCACCAGUGUCGCCUCAGAAGAACGGGAAUGUGCUGAAGAGAAAGGCCGAGGAAGACUUGGCUCUGGAAGGGAAGACAGAAAAGGAUGAGGACAUGAAGGCAGUCGAUGAACAAAAGAUGCUAAUAGAUGUGAGGGGAAGGCCGUCAGUGAAUGGGACCCCGGAAGAUGUGCUGGACCUCACAAACCUCCCAUCAUCCCCGGCUUCACCGACCUUCCCUACAAACCUAGCUAAGCGAGCCAAAGCUGGGCCGUCCUCUUCGAGCCGUGUUACUACGAAGGAAAAGAAGGCAAAGCCUAAACCCGAAUCCACAUCAACGGCAACGAAGAAGACGACAGCUAAAGGGAAAUCAAGAUCGGACAUCGUCAAGUCUGGGAUUGUCGGGUUGAACAAGAAGAAGAAGCUCUUGACGCUCGAUCAGAACGAUUUGGCGGGGGUUGUUAGCAGUUAUACACCGUUCAUGACCCUGCUUGUACAAUUCCACGACUACCUCUAUACGCUUCCUCUGGAAGGCUCGACACCCUCCGUCCCCUCUGCGUCUACAUCAACCCUACCAUCAACAUCAACAACAUCAACAACAGCGGCUACAACGCCAUCUGCAAAGAAGAAGAACAAGCUCGAAGUCUUCCCAGAGACAUACCGACCGUUGAUCGUCAUGCUUGGCCAGGAAUCGAGUAUAUCCGGGUCUAAGGAGUUGGCUAGGUACAUCAGAGGGAAGAUUAAGCCGGCUGUAAUGGGAAUGGGGGAGGACGAGGGGGUCGUUGAGAUCGAUCUAACUGGAUUAGUCAAGGCGGUCGAGGAGACCUUUGAACAGGUUUCUUACGGCCUACAGAAAGAGGACCUAAGCCAACUCUUACCCAAUACGAGCCUCGAUGUCGACAUGGAUUCUACGAUACCCGAGAUUCCAGUGACGUUACGCUUGAAUCGAUGGGAAGCCAAAGACCUGGACCUCAUCCCUGAGAAAGAAGGACCUGCAGGUAAAGGUCGGAUGGGAUUGAAGGAUGUCUUCGAGCGGAGGAGGACAGAGAGGAGAGGGAUCAAGGGGGUAGUUUUGGAACUCGUCAAAGGGUUGGAAGAGUCGGAGAUUUUGGAAUUGCUCGGAAUACAAAAUGGGAAUGAAGGAAAUGCGGUAGCCUCUGGCUCGGGCUUGGGGAAGAAGGAUCCGGAGGAUGUCGUCGAGGUGGUGGUCGGUCAAGAGAAGGAGAAGAAAAAGAAGGGAAAGAAGGUCGAUAUGGAGGUGGAAGUGAUGGAUGUCGAUGCGGAAACAGGGGAGCUGGCGGAGAAGAAGAAGAAAUCCACACGGAAACCGAAGGAAGAGACGGAAGAACAACGAGCGAAACGAGAAGCAAAGGAAGAGAAGGCCAGGAAAAAAGCCGAAGCCGAGGCCAAGGCUGAAGAGCAGAAACAGAAGUCGGCGAGGAUUAUGAGCAAUUUCUUUGGAAGGGCACCUGCGAGCAGUCCAAUUCGGGCAGAGAAUAAGAGGGACAGAAGUGCUAGUCGAAGCAGUCGCGGAUCAAGCGUACAGCUGUCAGAUUUCUGCGCCGACUUCAAGCCGUUCCAUCAAGGAACGAAUGUUUCGCUCGCUCCGGUCGAUAGAUUUAGGUUGCACAAAACGGUAGCAGAUCAACCGAGAGGACGGCCAGGCAGAAGGGAUAGCAAUUCGUCGGCCGAUCCGAUGAAACCGAAUGCUGAGCUGACGAAAGAGGAUUUGCUGAAAGAAAUGCGAAGCCAGCUUUCGAGCUUGUCUUUCAGUCGAACCGAGACUGCGGAAAAGCGUAUGGCUCCGGUUCGGCAAUCAUCAAUGUCGCAGAGUCGUUCUCGGGACCCUUUACGCCGGAACAAGAACCCAGAACUACCUCUACCGCCUCCACCCAUCGUACCAGGAUUACAUCUCAAGACGCGAUACCCAUACUAUACUGUAGACCAGCUCAUCACCAAGGCAAAUGAGACGGGAGAUGGAGAAGAAGCUAGACGGGUAUACAAAGCGUUCGAGGACAAAAGGCUGUAUUGGAGAAAGACGCUCAAGUUUUGGGAGGAUUCGAGGCCGGCUUAUGAGGGCACUUGGAGCAAGCCGUCCUUGACCGUGGGACCACGAACACCUUUUGCUCAGGACAAUGCUCUGGAUUAUUCGAUCGACGAAGGGAUCGAGUGGGAAGCCGAAGACCCGGCCGAAGUAGAGCUUAGCAGUACGCUCGACGAGGACGAAGAACCCGAGACCGAAGACGAAGACGAGAUGGACGACUGGAUGGUCGGCGAUGACGAGAUCGAGUUUGAAGAAGGCGCCGAGGGGUAUACCGAAGAUAAACAGGGCGCUGAGAAGAAGGAUCAGCGACCGAUCGAAGAUUACUACACCGAGGUCGGCAAAGCAGGAGCUGUCAGCAGGAAUCAGCGGUUUGCUAGGCUCGUGCCGUUUCAAAAGGGACCUUGCAUGGAGACUAGGUUGGGCGUGGUAGAUCCCGUCAUGGAGAAGUACAAGAUCUGCAUGUUGAACGAUACCCCGAUGCACAGCAUCGAUCCUUUCUCGUUUCAAUCCGUGGCAUACGAACCGGUUGUCGUCCCUGUCAAACCACCUGUGGCGACAUUCCAAACUACCCUGGUAGGAGAAGCCGUCAAACCUGGAUCUCCCGCAUCGAGCGCCUUGAAGGCUCCUGUCACCAGAUCACCAUUCCCGGCGGAUACGCUCGGCGAUUUCUUACGCGCCAUUCAAGGGUGUGAGAAGAACAAGGAGGCGAUGCUUCAAGACUUAUUCACACAGUUCAAAGCGGCGACCACGCAAAAGGUCAUCAGGCAAACGUUUGGACUGGUCGCCGACAGGGAAAAGAAGGGUAGCGGGAAAUGGGUCGUCAAGGUGGAAGCAUGGUCCCAAGCGGGAUUGACUCCCCCUGCCGCAUAAUCGGGCAGGCCCAGGUCAACGCGGACCCCAACGACCUAGACGGUCUCGACUUUUUCUUACGGACUAUCAUCUCGCUUCGCAUUUAUCAUUCAGCCCGUCUGUAACUGCAUGUCUUCUGCCUCGAAUACCUUGUAUCCCCCGCCCGCCCUCAGGAGCGACUGGACUCUACGACAUGUCAUGUAGCUGUAGCAACAACCAAUUAU